CCUUUCUGCAACAAAAGGGCAGUGAACAAAAGGACUAAAAUGAAAUCACCAUGUGCUACCUGAACCCUGAUCUGAUCUUCGGCUUCGGCGCGUUGUUCUGUUAGUUCGUCCCUCUCUUUCGCGUAGUCUAGUGGUAACGUUACUUGUUCUCGUACGUGAAGUACGAAAAAUACGAAACCAAAAAAGCAAAGCAAAAAUUUAAUGCGAUUCCCCUGUGUUGUUUUGGGGGAGAGAAAAUAGCUACGAGCAGACACCACCGCUAGCUCUCAUCCUUGCCAUUUGGUGGGGUGAAAAAAAUCUUAAUCAACCCCCACCAAAUGUGGAACGAUAAGCGUGUGGUGUGGUGUUGCCUAUGUUGGGUGGAUUGGAUCUUUUGAGUUAAAAAUGUUCUGUUUUACUAAAGAAAAUCGUAGCGCGUCGUAUUAGUGUGUAGAAACCGGACCGUACUACUGGGGAGGGGGUGGAAAAGGGGGGUGGAGUUGAAUAUAUUUUCCCGUAUAUCUUAUAAGAGCCGGGAUCUCUAACGGGCUGCGGUAGCGGGACAGUUAAAGCAUCGGGUCGAACUGUUGUAGGGGCUCAAUAAUGGUUCGAUUGAUGCUUUAACAAACAAUUGUCCAACGAAAAAAAAAAAACGUCGAAGCUAGGUACACCCACCCCCCGCACCAAGCACUCCGAACGUGUGUGUGUGUGUGCAGAACAAACAAAGAAAAAAGUUUAUAUACAUAUAAACGUGCAAAUAUAUAUAUAAAUAGAGCAAAAAAAUAGAUAACGUACAACUGCUACACGAGAGACGAACAAAAACAGGGCGUUAAAAACAAAAUGAGAUCAACCAGCAGCAAACACAGGAACACUAAGACGCCCGAGGGGGGGGUGUCGAUCCUUACGAUGGGAGGAAUAGUUCUGUCCCGCGUGCGGUGGUUGUUUUAUUCGCCAAUUAUUAGAGGGGAAUGUUGUUUCAAUCGUCAUUCAAAUUUCGCAACCAUAUACUGUGGGAUUGCUUCAUCAUAUUCGAUCUAGCAUGCUGGAUCGGCACCAUGUCGAUUACCCGGUUAACCCCCCCCCCCCCCCCCACCUCACCCCCCUCCUUACAUUCCCCUGCAUGAUUGCCAAUUUUCCCUUCUGAGCGAAUGAACGUCCCUCAUCGCCGCUGUAAGUGAAGAUCAUCAAAGUGGGCUGAAAUGUUUUCCCCCUUUCUAACGAUCGGCAUCCCGCUCUGAUGUCUCGUGUGUGCGUGUGUGUGUCACACCGGAAGUCAGAUAGUAAUGUAACUGUAUUCUUAUUCACACAAAGAAGCAAAGAAAUAUUCAUGUUUGACUGUUGUGUAUCGCGAACAAAAAAAAAACCCGAAAUGCACGUGCGCGUGCAUGUGAACUUUAAAAACAAAGACCUUUUAACGGUUAGCUGCGGCUUGGAUAAGGAGAGGAAGGGAGUAUUGGCCGGUGGGAGGCUGUGUGUACCGUUGAAGCAAGUAAACCCCACACGGCCCAAUGCUUCAUGUAAGGGGACCGAUCCGUUCGAGCAAAAAGCACUACAACUACCUUUGUAUUUGCCAUUUUGCCGCCACUUAAUCAUCCUAAAAGUACUCUAGAAGCUUACUACCGGCAAACAGGUGCGCGAAUCGGCGACGAACAAAAGUGGGAGAAUGUGCAUGAGUAAUAUCGAACUAAUAAUUAAACGCGUAACACCCAGUAGUAACGGGCUCUCCCAACCUGGACACAGGAACACAUGCGCGGGCCGCCGCUGUUACAAGCGACGCGUCCAGUGUAAUUGUAAUAGUAAUGAAUUGGUGAAAAUGCGUGAUGAUACGUUUCGUUUUCCCCUUCUUCCAUCAUUCUAUUUCCGGAACAAGAUGCCGGGUGGGCAUCAUCGCCAUCAUCAUCAUCAUCAUCCUUUUCCCACAACCGGGAAGCCGCACGAGCGUUGGCCGUUCGGUGGUGCAUUGCAUUAUAAAUAUAUGCAACAAAUAUACAUACGUAUAUAAAUAUAUAAAUAUAUGGAUAAAACAAUAUUAGAAGACACACAAACACACACACACACACGCGGGAAGGUGGGUGCAGGCUCGGCACCCGCAAGUAGUAAAGCGGCCAUUACUAAGGAGCAAAUGUAUCGCCAUCCGGACCGAUACACUCUGGAAACAGCCGGUGUGUUUAGUAGUAAGGAUGAGAAAUGAAAGCUCGAACAAAAUAAGCAAACAACAAACAAAAAAUGAUGGAACAAAAAGGAGGAAAGAGAAAACCGAUAUUUGUAAAAAGCAAAUAUUUAUAAUUCUAAUAAAUUAUGAAAGAUGAAAGUAA